AUGUGCGAUACGGUAUAAUCUGCAUGAGCGUUGAAGGAAUAAUUCGAUAACGUGUCACAUCGCGAUUGAAAGAGCCGUUUGUGAAAGCUACGGAGGAGCAUGAGCAGAAAGUAUUUAACACCGUGGAGUGCGGAAUUGACAGUGUAAUAUCAAGUGGAUAGUAAAGAACGUACAUUGCGCCGUUUACUACCUACAGAAGUGAAAUAGUUGGAUUUGUUUCGAAAGAUUAUCAGUAACAUAACCUCAAAGGCGAGACUGAUGCAAAGAAAGUAUGCUGAUUAAAUAUACUUGCGAGCUAAUGUUUUAAUAAAUCAGACUUGAACGGGAAACAUUUUGCGUUUAAUUUGCAUUUACUCACGAAGCUGUAAAGCGACAUGAAGGAGAUAAGCAGAUAAAAAAAAGGCUCACAACAAUAUCAUUUACACAUGGUAGAGGGAUAUGACUUAUCAUGAUAUCACCUUUUUGCCUAGUCGAAUGCGAGAUUUGAUGAUACGCCUGUAUCACUGUUCCGUAAAUGUAACUUAAAUGGUAGUUAAGCAGUAAUUCGCUAGAGGGAUUACAACAAACUCGUGGGAAUGGGCAAUUGUUUGUGUAAGGAUACUCCAGAAGAGCUUGAGGCAUAUGGCAGUAAUAAUCAUGCAGAAACGCAAAACACCAUAAUACCCGAACCCAACAUAAGUAUGGUCCCGUCUGGCGGCUCGGCGUCUCCCUCUUUUAAGUUCCCCACGUCGGCAAAUAUCGACAAACUCGUAUUAGAGACACUUGGCAGUCUCGAUACUCUAGUAGAUAACGAUCACGAACCACCGGCAGCAAUGUUAAAACUGAAUGCUAUCGCGGACAAGGAAGACGGCUGGAUACAAGUAGUCAGUUCCAUGGUUAAUGUUAUUCCGAUGCAUAAUCCAUUAGGUCCUUCCGUUAUAAUACUGCUACUGGAUGAUUGCCCUUUACCCUCAAAGGAUUCCGUACUGCGAGUAUCGCAUAUGUUUCAACUGUCUCAAAAACUUGGGCAAAUACAAAUUACAUCUACGCAGCAGCGUAACAUAUGUGUAGUACUUGGCUGCAUUGCAGAGAAGCUCGCUGGUCCUAGCAGCAUAGCGAUAUUGUCCGACGUUACUUUAGACUACCUUGUAUCGAAUUUGCGAGACGAUGUCGACCCUUACGUAGUACUAUAUUCCUUGAUAGCGUUGGAGAAAUUUGCACAGACAAGUGAGAAUAAGGUAACUAUUAAGAAGCAUCUUAUGGCGGAAAAGCAAAAUCCACUGCUCGAGUUGGAGAAGUGGGCGACGGAGACACAUUACGUGCGCCGUCAAGUAGGUUUCUGUGCGCAGUGGUGCUUAGAUAAUUUAUUUUUAAUGGAAGGUAGAAAGUAUUCUCACGACUCGGUUGACGUGACCGGUAUUAAUGUAAUGUUAAAUACGAAGGAUGUAAGCGAGUACCUGAAAAUAUCACCUAACGGUUUGGAAGCGCGAUGCGACGCAUAUUCCUUUGAGAGCGUCCGCUGCACGUUUCAAGUAGAUUCGGGGAUAUGGUAUUACGAAACCCUGAUAAUAACUACGGGGGUGAUGCAAAUUGGUUGGGCCACAAAAGAUAGUACAUUUCUCAAUCACGAGGGAUACGGCAUAGGAGACGAUGAAUUUUCCUUGGCCUACGAUGGCUGUCGCAGACUGAUUUGGUACAAUGCACGAAGUGAAAAAUUUCACGACAGACCAUGCUGGAAAUCGGGUGAUAUCUUGGGUUGCUUGUUAGAUUUAAAUAAAUUAGAAAUCAUAUUCUCUAUCAAUGGUGUACCACUUAAACCAUGCAUUCAAGUAUUUAAGACAGUAAGGUCUGGAUUCUUCGCAGCAGCUAGUUUUAUGUCAUUCCAACAAUGUCUCUUCAAUUUUGGAAACGCGCCCUUCAAGUAUCCACCCACUGACCGGGAAUUUCAGAAAUUCAACGACUACGCUACGCUGAAACCAGAGGAUAAGAUUAUACUUCCUAGACACAUAUACCUAGACCAAUUGCGAAGACUAAGCGUUAGGGAAGACUCCUGUACAUUAUGUUUUGACCAGAAGGCAUCAGUCAGGUUACUGCCAUGUAACCACAGAGGAUUCUGCCAAAGGUGUUCGCAGCAGCUGGUCGAAUGCCCAAUGUGUAGAGCUACUAUUGAAGAAGUAGCUUCGGAUAACAUAUGACAUCGAUCAUAUCACACUGACGCUUAUCAAUUCCUCCAUCUCUCAUCUUACGCUACAUUCUCUUACGUCGUACAAUUCUUUCAGUUCUCAUGGAAAUGUCGUGAGAUAAUCAUGGUUAUGAUAGACUGUUGUUUGCGCUGCAUACUGUACACGAUACCACGUCGCCACGCGUUAAUAGAUAGAAACUUACGUUACAAAUUGACCUUAGACGGAAGGAUUUCAUGAUGGCGAACUCAAACGAACGGAUCUCUAUUCUAAAAGUCGAAACACCUGAAACAGUAAAGCGCAAACGAACGUGUUUAACGGGAGCGAAAACAUUCUCGAGAACUUUUUCCAUACUCCUCCAUACUUUUUCUACUAUACUAGAUUUAUAGGGAACUACCGUUUGUGAUUUAACGACGUGAACAUUAACUCUGAAAAAUUAUAGUAAUGUAUAAACGAGUACAUAUUAAACAAAUAUUUAGUCAGUGGAUUCAGGAGUCGUGACAACUGAAUGUAAAUACAUCAGAAGGGGGGGCGUGAAUCGGAGAAAUUUAAAAAGCAGCUACGGCUUUCGUCUUCUGAACAAUUUCGCUCGCAGACACUCUGGAUGGGAGCAACUUGUGCAUUUGCUGUCGCCAGAGACGUAAUAUGAAAAUAAUAUAAUCGAAGUCAUUUUAAACGCCUGCAUUUGAAAUUAUGAUACAUUAAUCAAUCACAAAUGGCAUUAGUAACAAAAUUAGAAAAAUAUGACAAUUUUUUAUAUUAUUUUUUUGUUUCAAAUGUACAUAUUCCUCUUGGCGAGUUACACUCUUUCUGAUAUCGAAUACAAUAGUUACUCCCUCAUCCACUGUGCCUGAUAAUUCCUGCUUUAAAAUCUCGUGUGACUAAAUUUUGAAGAUCGAAAGAUUAUUUACUCACUAACUCAAAAACUUUGUCUGUUAGGAUUACGAGAAUUUAGAUAUGCAAACUGUAACUUUAGACUUUUAUUUAAUAAGAUGCGCAAAAAUGAACGUAAUUUGUGAUGUAAUGUAAAUUUAUCCUUAAGGAGUGUGUGUAUGUGUGUGUAUGUGUGAAAACUGAUAAUACGUUCUAUAGUAUAUGUAAAACACACACACACAUUCACAUAUAUACACAUAUAUAUUAUAUUCUUGGAAAGAUAUAAAAAGAAAUUUAAUGUUUUAUCAUACAUGUAUUUUACAAACACUUUUUUAUAAAGUCUUAUUUUUGUUACC